CACGUUGCGCUUCAUUCACAAAUAGCUACCGUGGAUUACGCCCACACGACGAAAGGCUCCUUCCUCGUUCACCCAAAUUGACCCAGGCAACUUUCGGAAGAACAUUUUCCCAAAAAAUGAAAAUGUCAGCGGCCGAGAUCUCCCAGGUGCUCAAAGAGGGCGAGCUGGAGAAAAGGAGCGACAACUUGCUCCAGUUCUGGAAGAGGAAGACCUGCGUCCUGACCCCCGACAGCCUCAACAUGUACGCCGACACGCAAAAGCGCUCCAGGGGCAAAGAGCUCAAGUUGCAGCGCAUCAAGAAGGUGGACUGCGUGGAGCGCACCGGCAAAUUCGUCUACUUCACCAUCGUCACCACGGACGACAAGGAGAUCGACUUCCGCUGCCCGGGCGAGGACAACUGCUGGAAUGCUGUGAUCACCAUGGCUCUCAUCGACUACCAAAACCGCAAAGCCAUCCAAGACUUCAAGACGCGCCAGGACGACGAGAGCGCGUCCCCAGACCAGCAUGAGAGGCACAUGGCGAGGGCUCCCUGAGAACCCCCCACCGCAAGCCUCACUCUCUUCUCCUAAUAUGGAUGUGUGCGUGGCCCACACAAGAAAUAAUCAUUCAAGGACCAAGCAAAAGGGAAAGAUGACGUCAUCCAGUCCAGCGAUGAAGGAUUGUGGACUGAGCUGUCGCAAUGACUCUCCUGUCCGGCAGAGAUUUUCCUGACUUCACUCACAUGGACUGACCAGUGAAGUUUGCUCUCAUUGGAGCAACAGAAAAAGAAGAUGCCCAUAAAAGAAUGUCUGUUAAUUUAUUUGUUUCCAGGAUAGUGUCUACUGGUAAACUGCACUUGUUUAAAUUAUUUGCUUGUUUCAAAGCGUGGUAUGUGUUUCUAUAUUUAUUUCAAUAAAUAUGUGCAUCUUUUUAACAUAAUCUGAAGCAUUUCAUUACUUUCCCUGAAGAGUUUGUUAGAAUUGCUUGAACUUUAGUGUAUAUCUGGAUGGAGGUGCAGCAGAUUCAUUUUUCUUCAGUCUUUAUAACACUGCGGUGUUUUUCAAUUUUUUGCUUAAUUUCUCACUAUGUGAGAAAAAUUAAUAUCUGUAGUAUAUUUUUGCGGAAUCUACAUUCAUUUAGUUUUAAGAUGGGUUUUAUUAUUUUUUUAAAUUUUGCUUCUCUAAAUUUACAAGAAGAUACUGUAGUUUCUACUCCAAACUUUGUCAGAAUAGAUUUUAUACUUUUCUAAACCUAAAUGACCUGGUUUAUUUUUUGUUGUUGUUCCAAGUUAUCAAAAUAGGGGUUUGGUAUAAUUGACAGUACAUUUCUUCUUUUACUUAAAGUGGAAUUUGUAUUUCGGUUGUACUUUUUCCCCACACAUUUACUUUUAACAGUACAAUGUGCGAGUAAUUUUGGCACCUCUAAACAGCACAGGAAACAAUUAGAACUUGGCUUUUGUUAACAUUGUAAAUAAAGUCUCUGAAUGGCCAAUCUUGCAUACUA